AUGAGGUUCCUACUGAUUUGGCUGUUUUGCCAGGCACUAGAGUGCCUGGCUGUCCGUAGCGAUAGACGUGAGUUUGCCAAAGAGAAGUCCGUGUGGCGUUCCGACUUCGCGGAGACGAAGGUCGUGCUGUGGACGAGCCUCGAGGAUGCCACUUUCUACAUGUUGUACGAGUUGGCUGCGGCACACCUCUGGGCAUAUCAGGAGUUCCGUCCGAAUGUGCAGGCCAUCUUUAGCAACGACGCUCGCUUCAACGAAGGCCUCAUGGGUGAAAUGGUCAUCAACGAACUCUUCGACCACCGCUCAUCGUUUCGCUCUCAGAGUGGCGACGUGUACCUCAUUGUCGCAUCCUCCAAGUACUCGCCCGGUGAUGACAGCUUUACGGAGUCUCUCUUGAGAUGGGGCUGGGCCCCGGUGCGUCUCAAGGAUUUCAUCGUCCACUGUUACUUGGACUCUGGCGGUGAUGCGCAGCAAAGAAAUCCAGAGCCGGUGGCACGAGCCAUGGCAGUGGAAUGGAAUGGGAAGUCCUUCAGCGACUACAAUGUCUGGAUCGUGCCAGUCCCGUUGAUGAAGCAAGGCUGGCUGACCCGGGACUACCAACGAGGCUCCUCCAGAGAGGCGACGGUGAUGGAGGUCGCGGAUGAGGUGCUGAUCUCCAAGGAGUACAGCAAGGAACAGCUCUCGGAGUACAUGGUCCAAUCCAUCCAACCUGGUCCCGCCAGGUUCGACUACAAGAUCGGACUGCUCGGCGGAAACGGGCCCAUUGCCGGGGCCUUCGCUGUGAUGAUGGUGGCGGAGACGCUGCUUAAGGCCACCGGCAGCCUUGGCCACGUGGGCCUGGAACUCUUCUCCCAGUCCCAGCAUCCCAUGUCCGGCGCGGAAGCAGUACUGCACCCUUUGAUGGUCCAAGCCUACAUGGCCGGUUUGAACAAGUUCCUGACCAGGAAAGACAUCGAUAUUUUUGGAUGUGCCAGCAACACCUGGUAUCAGAACUUGUACGCCCCGAACACCUUGAGCUGGGGCAUGGCUGUGCUCUCCGGCUUCAGAAUGGUGCAUAUGCCCCGAGCCACCGUUCAGAAGGCUACGCAAUGUUUGCACAGGAGCCGGCUUGGGAUGAUUGCGACCCACUGGACCCACCGUGCAGGGCGUCGUGAAGGGGAGGUUGACGCCGAUGGCUUUCUGCUCAAUGGCACAGGAAUCCUUGAACGUGGCGCUGGAAUCGGGAACGUCUAUGCCACGGAGGUCCAGGAAGUCAGCAAGGGCGGUGCCGUGAUAAUCUCUGCGAAUGUAGACACAGCUUGGGAUGCGAUCAUUGUGGCGAAGCAUGGCGACAUAAAAACUGCCAAGAAGCUGUUCAUGGACCAGAAGGUUGAGAAGAUUCAGGGCCUUGGAGUUCCAGAGCACUUUGGCAGCGCGAACCAGGAUGCGUGGGCAGCAGGUCGAAUCAUCGGCAAUGUGAUGUAUAUCCAGAAGCAGCAGGUAGAUGCCAUCAUCGGCGGAUGUACCGAAAUUGGCCUUGCACUGAACCAGCAAGAUCUCGACAGCAUCUCCGAGCCAGGUUCCAUCGCCUUCGUGGACUCGGGUGCCGUCAUGGCAGAGGUCUUGGCAAAGAAAGCGCUGGCCAGAGGCAAGGAGAUCUCCCUCUGCGACCCCUGA